GCAUAAAACACCGUCCUUGCUAACUUGUCUCAGUAGGCUACCUUGUCCCAGUAGGCUACCUUGUCCCAGUGGCUACCUUUUCCCAGUAUUCUACCUUGUCCCAGUAUUCUACCUUGUCUCAGUAGGCUACCUGGUCCCAGUAUUCUACCUUGUCUCAGUAGGCUACCUGGUCCCAGUAUUCUACCUUGUCUCAGUAGGCUACCUGGUCCCAGUAUUCUACCUUGUCUCAGUAGGCUACCUGGUCCCAGUAUUCUACCUUGUCUCAGUAGGCUACCUGGUCUCAGUAUUCUACCCUGUCGCAGGAUGCAGGAGGACCGCGGCCGCUCACAGCGCCCAGGCCAGGCCGCCGGGCUGCUCUGCGGGAUUCUGUUUGUGGGCUCAGCGCUGCUGGUCCUCUGCUCGUCCUACCGCAGUCUGGACGGGAACCAGCAGCGUGUCGGCAGGAGUCUGGCUGGUCCAAAGACAGCGCCCAGCCGCUGCAGCCCUCCGCGGGAGAAGCCCGUGGCCUUCCUCAGUGGCCCAAAGAACGACCGGAAGUCGCCCAUCUGUAGGACUGUGAAGGAGGAGGCUGUGGUGCAGUGGGACAAGGAGCCGAAGCUGCGCGGGGGGUUCAAGUACGACGAGCAAGACCGCCUGGUGGUGCCCAUCAAGGGCCGCUACUGGGUCUACUUCCAGCUGAGCUACUCCAACGGGCAGGGCAACAAGUCCUGCAGGCCGCUGCUUCUCGACCAGGUGGUGUUCCAGGUCCGGGAGAGCUACGCCAAGAAAGAGAUCCUGUUACAGGCCAAGGACACCGUGGUAGACCCCCAGAACACCUUCAGCAAGACCCUGCAGGCCUCGGCCGCCUUCGACCUGGCCGCCGGAGACCGGCUGUUCGUAGUGACCAAUUCCCCAGGACUGCUCUCCACCGAGGGGCACCUUGGGGCCGACCUGGAGCUGUAGACCUGGAGACCUGGAGACCUGGCCCUGGAGACCUGGCCCUGGAGACCUGGAGCUGGAGACCUGGCCCUGGAGACCUGGACCUGGAGACCUGGAGCUGGAGACCUGGAGACCAGGAGACCUGGAGUGGAAAUUUGAGAGUCUGUUGCAUUGCCUUGCCUUGCCUUGUUGCAGGGGCGUUUCUAGACCUCAAACUCUCCUGGGAACAGGCCCCCAAUUACUCUAAUCCAACGAAAGAUGCAUGCUGCGUGUAUGAAAUGUGCUAUACAAUGUGCUAUACAAUGUGCUAUACAAUGUGCUAUACACCUGCUAUACACUGGCUAUAUGACCUCCCCUGGUUUAGUCAACUGUUACUGCAACUGCCAUAAUGCUGCUGCUGAAGCGGAAAUUACUAAUGCUAAAGUA